AUGUCCUCAGCUGUUGUAGGAGAAACACUAGACCUGGAACCCAGUUUGUUACUGGACUUGUGGAAGAGGAAACACAAACAUUUCCAAAUGAAUAACCGAAAGGAAGAUAUGGAGAUUGCUUCCCACUACCGUCAUCUUCUGCGUGAGCUUAACGAGCAGAGACAGCACGGCAUCCUCUGCGAUGUUUGCAUUAUAGUGGAGGGGAAGAUAUUUAAGGCUCACAAAAACGUUCUGCUUGGGAGUAGUCGCUACUUCAAAACGCUGUACUGUCAGGUACAGAAAACCUCCGACCAGGCCACCGUCACCCAUUUAGACAUUGUAACUGCGCAAGGCUUCAAAGCAAUCAUUGACUUCAUGUAUUCCGCACACCUAGCGCUGACCAGCAGAAACGUCAUUGAGGUGAUGUCAGCCGCUAGCUAUCUGCAGAUGACAGAUAUUGUACAAGCCUGUCACAAUUUCAUAAAAGCAGCUCUCGACAUAAGCAUAAAGUCCGAUGCCUCGGAUGACCUCGUCGAUUAUGAACUUGGAGCCCCUUCCAGCAGUAGCACAGAUGCUUUGAUUUCAGCAGUCGUGGCUGGCAGGAGUAUAUCUCCCUGGUUAGCUCGGCGAACAAGUCCGGCAAACUCUUCUGGAGAUUCAGCUAUUGCCAGCUGCCACGAAGGAGGGAGCAGUUACGGAAAAGAGGAUCAAGAACCAAAAACAGACAGCCACGAAGACAUUUCAUCCCAGUCUCUUUGGUCUAGUGACAUGGGCUAUGGGUCUUUACGUAUCAAAGAGGAGCAGGUUUCACCGUCACAUUAUGGAGGGAGUGAACUACAUUCUGCCAAGGAUAGUGCAAUACAGAAUGCGUUCUCAGAACAAGGAGUAGGGGAUGGCUGGCAACCCACUGGGCGCAGGAAGAACCGAAAAAAUAAAGAAACUGUGCGGCAUAUUACGCAGCAAGUGGAGGAUGACAGCAGGGCAAGUUCUCCAGUGCCAUCUUUCUUACCUGCCUCAGGAUGGCCGUACAGCAGUCGAGACCCAAGUGCCGACGUGACGGUCACAGAGCCCAGCAGCUCGGACAGCAGGGUGGAGCGCCCCGACCCCUACGCGAACGUCGACGAAGCCCUCCUCGGUGGGGAGGCCAGCUACAUCUCUCAGCCCCUGACCCCAGAGAAGGAGGAUGCGCUCCAGGCUGCCACCGUCGCCAACCUGCGCGCGGCUCUCAUGAGUAAGAACAGUUUGCUGUCUCUGAAAGCCGACAUGCUGGGAGAGGAUAGUUCUCUGCUGUUUGAGUACUUACCCAAAGGCACGCAUUCUCUCUCUCUCAACGAGUUCACGGUCAUCAGGAAGAAAUUCAAGUGCCCGUACUGCAGUUUUUCAGCCAUGCACCAGUGCAUCCUGAAGAGACACAUGCGAUCCCACACGGGAGAAAGACCCUAUCCCUGUGAGAUCUGUGGGAAGAAGUUCACCCGUCGGGAGCACAUGAAGCGGCACACCUUG